CGAGGCAGCUGGCAGGAGUCCUGGGCCCGCGGGGGCAUCGCCUUGGCAUCAUGUGGCUGGCUGGUGCCACCCUGAUCGCCCACAUCCUGGCGGCCGCGGCCGGAUUCGCGUCCUCCACGUUGCCUUGCGAGCAGCCAGCUCCGCCCGCUGGUGCCAUCGUCGUCCUGCCAGGUUCCAACGUAACCCUAACCUGCCCGGAAGGGGAGCCGGCCAACCAGACUCAGCUGCAUUGGACGUUUGAGAAACAGCCCGUCUCUUCCGCCAACCCUGCGGUGUGGGACACCUCGGGGGCCGGCCUUUUUCUUCCCUUCGUCCAUCCCAAUCAGUCGGGGUCUUACAGCUGCUCCGAGGACAGCCGAGUCCUUUGCACCCACCGUUUGAUUGUCGAAGAGCCCCCCAAGACCCCAGAUUUUACCUGUUUCCGCAGGAGUUUAGUCAAGGAUAUUCUCUGCGAGUGGAGAACGUUUUCUCCGGUGUCGCCGCGCACCAAAGCUUCCCUCUGGAUGCAAAGGUUCACGGGGGAAAACUACACGGAGCAACAAUGCCGCUAUUACAGCCGGUCCCGGAAAUUCUUCUGCCGCGUUCAAGGGCUGAACAACGAGGAAGAUGGACUGCUGCUGGUGUCUGUCUGCGUGGCCAACCUCGCAGGGAGGGUGCGGAGCCAGAAAUCCUUCCACACCGAUAUUUUGCUCAAGCCAGACCCCCCAGCCAACGUGCAGGUCCACCCCGUGGAGAAAGAACCCCACAAACUCCACGUCACCUGGAGGAACCCCAACUCCUGGGGCUCCAAGUAUUACCACCUCCAGUUCCAGCUGCGCUACCGGCUGAAAGAUUCCAAAACUUUCUCCGAGGUCCAUCUCAACUACGGGGUCACCUCCUACACCAUUGUGGACGCCAUAAAAAAUUCACCCCAUAUCAUUCAGGUCCGGGGAAGGGAAGAAUUUGACCACGGAAACUGGAGCGAGUGGAGCCGGGAAAACGUCGCCAUCCCGUGGUCAGAAUCUCAAGAUUUCAAGAUGGAAACAACCCAUUACGCUUCAGAGGACUCAUCGGAUCUGAAUUUCUCCGGCACCUUCACCCCGACCAUCUCCGUCUUCUCCAGCCACACCGAGAAGCCCCUCGUGGUGGAAGAGGCUGUCGGAGUGCCGCUACACGUCUUCCUCGUCAUGGCGGUCACCAUCACGCUGGGACUGGCCUUGGUGGUCGGCGUCCUCACCCGGUACCGCAAGAAAUGGGGCUUCUUGCCCUUUGGCGACAUGAAACCCAACCCCGUGCCGGCCUCCUACGCGCUGACCCCGAUGUCUCCGGAGCCCCCCAUGAGCUCCUCUCCCCUCCUCUCCCCUCCCACCUCUCCCUUCAGCGAGAGCUCCGUCGACAGCCCAAGGACCCCAGACCAGGGUCCCUACCACGUCUGCAAUGCGGACUACUUCUUGCUGCCCAAGUGAGAGAGGGGGGGGGGCCUGCGUCGAGAAGACCCUGGGGGGGCCACCACGCACCCCAUGGUCGGCCUGAAGACAGGGGUGGCCCACAGCACCCCAAAACCUGCCUUUGGGGGCAGCCUUGCAGUCAUUUGCCAAGGAUUUCCCCUCCCCCCCCAAGAACUUAGGCGGGUUCUAGAUAUCUCAAAGACGUUCCUUCUUUCUGGAGCCACGGACGAGUGGCUUCGAAGACGGAGAACGUGGUCGACGGUGGACGUCGCUCCAACGACGACAAAUUUCAUCCCGGCUGCCAACGACGGGAAAGACGCUGUGGAUGAUGGUUUGCAGGCCACGGGAGGCCUUCCCAACAAUGCCUUGCAAAGAACGGAACAUCUAAAGAAGGUUUUUGAUAGAUGGGAAAUCUCUUUCAAUCUGAUUUUCAGAUCCGGUCAGUUUCACUGCUUUUUUUUUCUCCCUACCUGGUCAGAUUUUUUUUUUUCUUCCCAGGUCUCUUCACUUACUUUGUCAAUUUCCACCUGCUGUUCCCCCAAAACUUCCAUUUCUGCAUCAAUUUGCAUCAAAAAUACCUGCUUUUUAAAAAAUAUAUAUAUAUUUUCCCUAAAAUCAUUUUUUUUAAAGCAGUUAUCCAACUGGACACAUUCACUCAUCCUACCUCAAGUCUGGGAACUUUAUAGCUUUCCUACCCGAAAAACAGGAGUUUUAAGUUUUCCUUUUUGCCUUAAAAUACACAUUUUGGACUGAUUUUUUUCCCCCCUCCUCCAGGGAUACGGAAAUACAUCCUUCAGCUUAUUUUCUAAUGAUCCAAAAGUCAUUUCAGGCCUGUUUUCAAUACCAUUUUUCAGCAGGGAAAGGAAGAAAAAGAAAGAGAGAAAAAUAAAAAAAGACUUUUGCAAAAAGAUGAAGAUUUCAACCCAAACACAACUGAUGUGAAUCAGCAGAAGUGGUUAAAUCUGCUAAUUGACUUUACCGGAGAAAUUUUUAUUUUUUUAUUUUAUUUCCCCCCCCCCUUUAACUUAAACUUUUGGGGUUUGGAAGAGGACAAUUUUUGUCCUCUUUUUUUCAAUUUUGAAAAUUAAUUUUUUAAAAUUAAUCUUUUUUUUCAAUUUUGGAAGAGUUUGAUCGGCAGGGGAGAUCGCCUAAAAAAAUAUUCGAUCAUUCGGGACGCCCACGGAGCAGAAGUUGCCUUCGGAAGUUGCGGGAGCUUCAUCCCUGGAGGCUUCCGAGAAGAGACUGGACUGCCAUUGGUCAGAAACGGCAGAUGCUUGGGCUCCAGGGGGGUCAGACUAGAUGACCUCCAAGAGCCCUUCCAACUCUGUGAUUCUGUUGUUUUUAUUAUUCUGUUUCCGGUGCCGACGGAGUUUUCACGGAGUUAUGAAUUCGGGGUGCCUUUUUCUGCCCGGCAAGGAAACAUGGCGGUGCAUGGAUUUUGGGGGGGGGCUGUCUCCCACCCCCCUUUAUUGCAAGCUGUCUCCCACCCACCCCCCCUUUAUUGCAAGCAAGAGACUUGGGGGGGGUUACGGACCCCUUCAAACAGCUUUGGGUUACAAGGCCAAGUUGUUCUCAAGAGAACCAGCUCAGCUUCCUUAUUACAACACUUUUUAUUUUUAUUUUUUUUAAUUUUGGGGGGCAGUUGCUGGGUGCGGUUUUUUUGGCUGCUGCUGUUGGUUCUGCAAAAAAGUUGUUGUGUGUGUGUGUGUUUGUGUGUUUGUGUGUCUGUGCGAUGUUCUUUCCUUUGUGUUGUUUUUCAAAGGUCAGAGCGUGGGCAUUAUUUGGCAAUUCUGCUUUAUUAUUAUUAUUAUUUUUUUUUCCCUUUUGUUUUAACUUUGAGGGCCAGUUAUAAAUUCGGACUUUGGGGACUCCGAGGGGACGAAAACCUCCCAGAAAAUGCAGGCUAGUCCUCGACUUACGACCCCCAACGGAGCUACAAAUGUCUGUCGCUAAGCGAGACGUUUGUUAAGGGAGGGCUGCCCCGUUUUACGUUUUAUCUUUCCGGACACAGGUUGCUAAGCGAAUCACUACAGUUGGGGAAGUUAGGAAAGCGGUCGUUAAGCGUGAAUCCGGCUUCCCUCCCAUUGACUUGGCUUGUCUGACGGUCGCAAAAGGGGAUCACGUCAUAAAUAUGAGUCAGUCGCCGACUGUCUGGAUUUGGAUCAGGUGUCCCUGGGGAUGCUACAACGGUCGUGAAGUGUGAAAAACGGUCCUAAGUCCCCUUUUUGAGGUCGUUAAGUGUGAAAAACGAUCCUAAGUCCCCUUUUUGAGGUCGUUAAGUGUGAAAAACGAUCCUAAGUCCCCUUUUUGAGAUCGUUAAGUGUGAAAAACGAUCCUAAGUCCCCUUUUUGAGAUCGUUAAGUGUGAAAAAUAAUCCUAAAUCCCCUUUUGAGGUCGUUAAGUGUGAAAAACGAUCCUAAGUCCCCUUUUUGAGGUCGUUAAGUGUGAAAAACGGUCCUAAGUCCCCUUUUUGAGGUCGUUAAGUGUGAAAAACGGUCCCAAGUCCCCUUUUUGAGGUCGUUAAGUGUGAAAAACGAUCCUAAAUCCCCUUUUUGAGGUCGUUAAGUGUGAAAAACGAUCCUAAGUCCCCUUUUGAGGUCGUUAAGUGUGAAAAAUAAUCCUAAGUCCCCUUUUUGAGGUCGUUAAGUGUGAAAAAUGAUCCUAAGUCCCCUUUUUGAGGUCGUUAAGUGUGAAAAAUGGUCCUAAGUCCCCUUUUUGAGGUCGUUAAGUGUGAAAAACAGCCCUAAGUCCCCUUUUUGAGGGCGUUAAGUGUGAAAAACGAUCCUAAGUCCCCUUUUUUCAGUGCCAUUGUAAGUUGGAAUGGUCACUAAACAAACCGUUGUAAGUCGAGGACUACUUAUACAGGAGAUGAAUGGGAGGAUCCAGAAACUGAGACAAUUCAAUCCGAUCAGUUUUUCCCUUUGUGGGAAAGAGAGAGAAGGAAGUGGCCAAAGGAAGGAUUUGAAACGGCUGAAUUUGCAGAAUUUGCAAACGGGGUUCUUACUGCAACGUCAACCUAAAAACGUUGUUAAAGUUUGGAGUUAAAAAACGUUCAGCUGCAUUUUUUUUCCGAGCGAAUAAAUGCAUAAGGUGCUA